UCUCCAUCUCUCUAUUUUCUCCCUUUUUCUCUUCUCUAUACUCUAUUUCAAAACUUAAUGAUCAAAAUGCCAAGACGAGGUUCUAGACCUUAUGAAUGUGUUAGAAGAGCUUGGCAUUGUGAAAGACACCAUCCCAUUAGAGGCUCUCUCAUUCAAGACAUUUUCAGGUGUUUUUACUUGCUUCUAACUAAGGGGGUGUUUGUUUUUAGUUUUCCUUCUCUUCUUUCUCAAAAUAUUCUCUGUUUUGUAAUUAGGAUUGCAAAUGAAAUCCAUUGCCCUGCUACAAAGAAGAAAAAAGAAUGGCAAGAAAAACUUCCCAUUGUAGUUCUCAAAGCUGAAGAGAUUAUGUACUCCAAAGCUAAUUCUGAGGCUGAAUAUAUGAAUGUCAUAACACUUUGGGAUCGAACUAAUGAUGCAAUUAACACCAUUAUUCGCCGUGAAGAAGGAUCUGAAGAUACAGGGGAGUUUUUGCAGCCUUGCAUUGAAGCUGCUCUUCAAUUAGGUUGUUUCCCUAGAAGGGGUUCAAGGAGCCAAAGGAACAACAAUCCUGUAUGUUACUUAACCAGAAAUUCAGAAUCAAUCGAUGCUUGUGGAGGAAAUCCCAAGCCAACUUCAUCCCUUGCGCCUCAUUACUCGAACUUUUUAGGAAAAAAACCAAAAAAUCUUGGCCUUACCAUCAAAAGUUGCUUAAAUAAUGAACCCCAUAGUCGAAAUGGCUUGCCUUGCCAAGGCUCAUUUCCAUCACAGUCAUAUGUUGCUUAUACACUCUACUAUGGUGCCUACUCUAAACAUAUGGAGCCUGAACUAGUCCUUGGCGAUCAUUCUACUAUCAAGUACACCGGCAAUAGCUACUCUGAAAUGGGAGUAUCCCAAAGGAUUUCUUUGUUUAAUGAGGAAAACAUAAGAUGUAGGGGAGAUCAACCGAAAAAAGAGUGUGAUUUAUCUCUUCGCUUGGGAUUGUCUUCGAUACAAGAGGAUGAAGAUGCUAUAAGUGUUGUGGGUCAAGCCAGACCAGAUCAAACCGGACCGUGUGCAUCCCUACUUGUUGUGGGUCGUAAGCAAUCUAAAGAGACAUUUUCCAUGUAUCAUGAAAGCAAUAGUGGCUCAAGAGAUGAAAGUUUAGAUGUAAAUUUGAUGGCUAGAAAACGAAAGGCAAUAGAUUGAUCUCAUCAUUCGUGGGAGCCCAAGAGAUAAAGUUUGGAUGUAAAUUUGAUGGCUAGAAAACAAAAGGCGAUAGAUCAAUCCAAUCAUUCAUUGGAUCCAGCUUACUCUAAUGAAGGGACGAAGUACUUCAUAUUCGUUAGGAGCUAUCCGCCUUUUGUUGAAGGGUAGAAAAGUGCAGGUUAGUAGGCCAGAGUUUUUCGUUGUCGAGCUUGUAUAGAAUGUAGCUUAAAUUCGUGAAAUGUUUUCGUUUUUGGCUUGUUUGAGCUGUGUCAUUUACUAGAAUGAGUCGCUACCAACAGCGUUGUACAUAAGUACUGUAGUAUCUGUUGUCUUAGUUUUAACUAUAUCAUUUGCUAUGAUUAGUUUGGACUUUUUUACCUUAAUGAAUUCUAAGUUCUGUUAUAUGCUUG